AGCAUUCUUGUCAACAUUUUUAAGAAUAUUGCGCAUCCUUUUUAACGAUUUUCUCACUGACAGUCAUAAAAAAUAUAUUUACAGAGUACUUGGGCCAGAUUCAUUCGAGAGGCCUCUUCGGGAGUUUGGGAACCAUCUCGUUCGUAAUUAUUGGGCUAACGAUUCGCAGGGGGAACUCCGGUCGGAGCGAAGGCGCUACCGACGACUCGUAUCGGGCGUCGCGACGCAAAUCGAUACGCGGCGCAGGCGGGCAGCGUGUCGACGGGCAGCGUUUGCGGCGGCAGUGUUGUUUCCUACGUGUUGCGAAAAUGUUAGCGGGUCGUACGUUUUUCACGGGCAGCCGCCGGGAGCGACCGGUACGGAUGCCGCCAUGCCCGCCGCGCUGCACUAUCACGACGUAGGGAUCGCGCGAGAUAAGCCCGCGCGACCCCAACGGCCUCGUCUCGCGAGAUCUUCUCAUUCGGAAAGGCGCGUCGCGACCGAUCACCGCGUUCCGCGCGGCGCCGCCUCCCGCGCUCCGCCGAGAGAAUCGAUCCCCGACGAAAGGACACGGCGCGCGAAACGCGAGCUGGCCAACGACGUAGGUGGUCCUGGUGCGCCGCAUCCUCCGGGAGGGAGGUGCGCGUUAAUUCGCGACAGGAAUUCCGUUAUAUCUGUAACGUAAUUGUAACGGGGGGAGAUAUACGCGUCCCCGAGUGAGCGACGCGCGAUGCGCGCCUCGCGGAAGAUUUGACGUGGUGGUAUCGAGGAUCGCGGUCGCUCGUUGAGGUAGGUCGGCGUCGAAACGACGGAGGGAGAUAGAGACGCGAGGCGGACGCUCCUCGGGCGUACUUCGCCCGUACUAAUACUCCUACUAAUACAUAUCUCCUCGUUUCUCGAGCGUCUAUAUUAUCCGUUAUGUAAAUAUUGCGAUUAAAUCCCUACGACGGGGGACGUCGAAGUCGCUAGUCGGACGGAUAGUCACGUCCGCGUACGGAAUCGCCGCGGAAUCUUUACGUAAAAAUUAUUCGUGGUUGCGUUCGAUUGCGUUCGCACUUGCGCUGCCGCCGGCAGCAUACAUUGAGGACGGCGAGUGCGGACGCGAGACUCUGUUGUGACGAACGAUCGACGGCGAAGGAGUGUUGGCGAGGAGGUGCGCCGCGUCGUGCAUCGCUGAAUAAAACAGUAGCCAACUUAUUAUCUCGUCCUCGGGUUGAACUUCAAGUGCCGAUACUCGACGACACUCUCGAUCGAUAGCCCGGCGAUCCACGACGAGUUAAUCGACGAGAGCGUUGGCGCGCCCGAUUUUCUCCAUCCCAGUGAAAUCUACAAACAAAGAAACGGCAUUAUCAUUGGGAAGGUGCAGUAUUUCACGGCGACUCCCUAUCAACCAGAUGGUUUCUGGCAGUGAUGCCCUCAUCGGAGGAGGAAAGCCAGUGGCUCGUUGGCAGCGGGGGCGGCCUCGCACCCUCCGGCGGCAGUGCGACGAAAACAGGCGCCGGCGAGCGCGGUGCGAGCACUAGGUCCGGCCUCUACACCGAGGAGAUGACGACGCAGCAGGCGAACGUCGUCGCCACGGCCGGCGUCAACUCGGCCUCGGCUGACUCCGCGGAGCACGAUCUCAUCGACUCCACCGCGGACGCGACCCUCCUGGCGCAGUUCCACGAGGACGCCAUCAAGCAGGCUGGCGUUGGUUAUUUCCAAAUAUUUGCCGCUUUCUGCACGGGUCUGAGUCUGGCGGCCGACACCGUUGAAAUUUUCGUUGUACCAUACAUAUUGCCGAGCGCAGAGGUUGAGCUUUGCAUCGAGGACAGCGAGAAGGGAUGGCUUGGAAACAUUACUUUUGUCGGCCUCGCACUGGGUGGACUAUUCUGGGGUGGUUUGGGCGAUAGACUGGGAAGACGCAGAUCUCUCCUCUCAGCCAUGUCCGUGCACGCUCUGUUCAGCGGUGUUGCGACGUUCAUGCCCACUUAUGGCACUUUUAUGACAGCUAGAUUUUGCUCAGCUCUUGGGGUAGGAGGAGCUGUACCACUGGCAUACGUUUAUCUCGCGGAAUGCUGUCCACGGUUAAGCAGAGGUCGCUGGACAGGUAUACUCGUGGCAGCGUGUGCGCUUGGUGGUGUUUACGCGGCACUCUUGGCUUGGGCAGUGGUACCCACGACAGGGGAAAUGGUCGUUCUGGAGAAUAAGGAACACUUCAGCGCUUGGCAUCGUUUCUUGUUGUUAUGUUGUAUGCCGGCGUUGAUCUCCACGAUCGGUCUUAUCUUUCUGCCGGAGAGUCCAAGGUAUCUCAUAGAAGCCGGUCGAGAUGUGGAGGCAAUGAUGGUUUAUCAGAGGAUAUAUAAGAAAAAUAACGCCCGAAAAGGUGCAACAGGUGCUCAAUAUCAGCUCUCUGAACUUGAACUUCCGACUAAAAGACCUCGUGGCUUAGCGCCACCGUCUCCUAGUAAUCACACUAGCGUUUUGGCGGACAUAAUGUAUUCGAUCGAAAUGUUCUGGAAUUCUUUCCUGGAAUUAUUUGCAACACCUCAUUUACGUGUGACUUUGGUUCUGUUAAUUAUCUGGACUGCUGCUUCAUUCAGUCUUUACGGUCUUAUGGUCUGGUGUCCUGAAUAUCUAAAACUUUUGCGAGCGUGGGAAUACGAAGCUCAUACCGAACACGUUUAUGGCAUGGAAUUUAACAAUAAAACGUUUACUGGUUCUUGGGAAAAUCGUCAGUACAAAGACUCUACGUUUUUGAACUGCAGAUUUACUAAAAUGGUAUUCAGCCAUGUCGAUUUUGACAAUUGUACCUUCCAAUCGGUAGAGUUCAGUAGCAUUAAGUCUAGCAAAACCCACUUUAGAGACAGUAAAAUUGUAUAUUCAAGAUUCGUUGACACAGAUUUAUCUGAAGAAAUUUUCACCAGAUGUAAAAUGGAAAAUAACACGAAAUUGAGUUUAAUCGGAUCCUGUCCAACUCUCGAUCUUGAUUAUAAUAUUUAUAUCGAAGAGGCGUUACAUGCUCACCUCGUUGCUCAAUUGGCUUUUGUGCCUGCUGCCGCGCUGGCAGGUUUGGCACUUACCGUUCUUCAGCGGCCAAAACUAAUUGGUCUCUCGCUUUUCCUCUCUUCCGUCGCCGCGUUAUGUCUGAUAUUAAUUCGCCAAAACAGUUCGGCAGUUCUUGGUUUUGAAGGUGGCUUUACAGCCCUUUUCGCCGUUGGAUGGACAUCAUUGACUUUGGUGACAGUCGAGAGCUUCCCCACACACUUAAGGUGUACCGGUUUCGGGCUCAUAGCGGCAGCUAUAAGAAUAUCAGGUCUGAUAGGAACCACAACAUAUCAGACGUUAGUAGGUACGCCCUUAAUCGCGCCUGCACUAUUGACUGCGCUAGUAUUAUUGAUCGCUAGCGUUAUAACUUUUAAAUUGCCUCAUACUCAUACUGUCUUCUUGUAAACUUUCCAUCACUAAAAAAAAAAGAUUAUCAGUAAUAGCAUAUCUGAAGCUAAAAGUUCGUCGUUACGUACGAAACACAGCUUAUACUGUACUUUGUCAUCUGGUGAUUAAAUUUUUAGAAAGAAUAAUCGGAUGUGUCAGAAACGCGCAGAGGAAGAGGGAUGCUAUUCAUUAUUCUUUAUCUUUCGAAUUUAUUAAAAAAAAAAAAAAAAAUGUUCAAGACAUGUCAAUAAUUUAUUGAUCAAAAAGAGGAAAUUUUUUAGAAGAUGAGACUUUGUACAAAGUGACAUAUCCUAAGUAAUAAUGAAGCACCGUUGUCUUUGAAAGCACUUGCAUAUUUGAAGCGCACAGAACAUUUAUGGCAAUUUCAACUUGCUAACGCGAAAUAACUUGGACCUGGAUCAAAGUACCCUACUUGCUUACGGAACGUGAUCAAAUAACGUUGAAUGCGUACGACGCUAACGUUCAGCUGACACGGACGUUUCCGUGCGCAAGAUAGUCACUCUGAAAUUAAUAUAAUUACUCUCUCCGCUAUUUUACCUUUGACGAUAUAUAAACCAUUUAUGCGAGUAUAUUGAGCAAAGGACACUCUCACACACACAUACGUGCAACUAUUUUAAUAAGGCUUAUGCCAUGAAACAGUGUCAAUUUUAAUAGAGAAUGCAUAGCCAUACGAAAUGAUAUAUCGUAUAUAUUAAGAAACUUUAGAGAGGUGUAUCGGCAACGCAGUUUGAUAUCUCAAUUAUUAUUCCAGAGGCACAACGCUUAUAGACAUACAUAACUGUUCUUACUUUCAAUCUGUAGAUUAAAUACUAUCGCAUAAUGUGGAACUUUAAUAAAUUCCAACAUAGUUUGCGGAAGAUACCUAUUCGCUCAGAUUUAAUCACACAAAAACAUUACAUGAAUAUCUGUAAAUGAAAAUACCAUACGAUGACACGACAAAUCAUUUUUACGUUUUUGCGCGAGAAGAGAAAUGAUAACUUCACUUCAUGUGCAGGAAACAUUCCUAUGAAGAAAAAGCAAUUGAGCAAUGUACGUUCAGUACUUCCGCUUUUUACCGAUUCAUUAGCAUGCACUAGAUCUUCUAAUUAGACGCUAGAAUGCCGCUAAUUCGAUAAAUGUGAAAGAAGAAAGAGAGAGAGAGAGAGAGAGAGAGAGAGAGUGAGGCAUGUUUCGUAAUGCAAAUCGCUGCCGUAUGAAAUCUCAAUUCCUAGAUAAAGACUUUUGAGCGAGAAAGAGAGAUAGAGAAGAUUCAGCUUCGUAGCGUACAAGAAAUUAUCAUCUUCAACGUUAAUCGUUUUUAAGCUUUACGAUACGAUCAAUUACAUGUUUGUGAACGUGUGCGUCUGACUUUCUAGUAACAUGUAUAUUAAAACGUAGAAUGUUAUUUUCUACAAGAACCAGGAUCACACAUCUCGACGUAAAUACAUGUAAAAUGUACUAUCUGUGGUAAUUCACUUGGAGAAACUUUGCUGAAGUUUUAUCGUCGCUGACACCGGUAGAUGACAAGCUGAAAGGAAUAUCAAGAGAGAGAAAGAGAGGCAAUUUAUUUCUGGGCAGUAAGGAUGCAAGAAAAUCCGACGGACGAAGAUUGGCGUUGACGCCUACGGGAUUCAGAAAAUAUAUUGUGUGAAGUUCUUUGAGAAACUCGUCAAGAGAAGAUGGAGAAGAUGUCGGCAGAUUUAAUAGAAUAAAUGUUUACGUCCCAUCACGGUUAGUGAGUUUUUUCAUAUCAAAUUGUUGACGAUCGAUAUAUAUAUAUAUAUAUUGUAUAUGUACACAAAAGAUUAAUAUCCGGACCGAGGUUUACGAAUGUCUUCGUCGGAGGAAAGUAGAAAGAGACUAUUGCGAUGACCGACACAUGAACGCCAUUACACAUUCCAGUGACUGUUCCGCGGAUGAUCUUCUUUCGAUGAAAAUCCUACAUGGUGAUCGUUCGUUUCUGCUUGGGGAAAAUCGCAAUUUGUCGUAAACUUGGUCGUGAAGCGGGUUGUGUCGGUGUCGCAAUUGCGACUACAUUGAUUUACGUGACGUCGAGUCAUGAGUCAUUAACGUCCUGAGCAAAGGGCUCCAAUUGGAGUACGAAAUUUAAGUAUGCUUACGAAACUCAUUGUCGGGGACCAUACGACGCGUUCUUACUAUAUAACUCCUUUUCAUAUUGGAACUUGGCCAAAGUGUAACAAUGUCGAGGCAACACACCGAUGCCGGCACACGCGCAGCCCUACAUAAUUAAUUCUGCUACAUUCUAUCAAGUCUAUCAUUACACUCCCGUAGAUAUAUACAUAAAUAUAUAUAUAUAUAAAAUACAUUUUACUCGACAUAUCAUAUUUAUGAGCAAGCACUUUAGAUUUGUAGACCUUAGUCGGACUAUUGACUAGAAACAUACGUAGGGAAAAUACGUAAAGACGGUCAUGCGAGAUGAUAACUCUCUCGAGUAAAGUAGACUGAUCGAGUUAGAGGAUCUGCCGAGGCACUAUUUUCCUAUCUUGCGUUUCUUUAGCGAAUUACGUUUAGCCGAUAAAUAUAUAUGUAGCGUAUGUACAUUUUUUUUUACACAACGAGAUUAUCAACUGAUUAAGUGAUAAAGAGGAGAUGCAAUACUCGUACAAUCUGGUCAAAUAUGCAUUUUACUAAUACUAAAUGUAACUACUCGACGAUUUUACUAAUAUUAAAUAUAAUUAUUUAUUGUCGUCACACCGAGAGAAUAUUGUAUACAUAUCACGUUGUUCAGACUGGAAUUAAUGAUCAGUUGGUAAUCACUGUGUCACAGAGAGAGACUGCUUCUUGUUAAAACUAAAAUGAUUUAAUUAUUUAAGAUCCUUUUACAUAGCCGACGCGAGAGACACUGCAAUGUAUCAUUUCUACUUUAGAGUUUACGUUUGGUCACACAUUCGACUGAUCGCAUCGUUUUAUAAUUCUCACGCUAUACAGGAAUGUAGAAGCGAUUACUUCGAGACGAGAUUUUUACGUGAGAUUGUAAAGGAUAUGUGAAUAUAAGUGAGAGAUCAAUGUUUUUUUGAAAACUGUUAUUAACGAAAUUCUUAUAUCUAUCGAGAUUAAUUAUAAAGUUUAUAGAAUUAUUUUUGACAAAUACGACAAGUUACACAGCAAUAUUUAUUAUAUGUACAUUAUCGGUCAUAUUAAGGAAUUAUGUCGGACAAAUGUAAGAAAAGACAUUUUAGUAUCAGAUAUAUUAUCAUGUUUUCGUAUAUCAAUGCUUUACAUAUGAAUAGGAUUUACAUAGACUAGGAGAAUCGACUUUUUCCGCUCUUUUCUAUCUCGAGUUUUCUCAUGUAACAGUCUGCGCAAUUGAGUGCAGUUUAUUAAAAAUUCCGCUUCACGAAAACCGCACACACUGUUCGAAAGCGAUUGAUAGAUAAAUAUAUUUUUCAAAGUUUUAACGGCGUAAAGCGAACUUUAUUUAUACAAUUGAAACUAAAGCCGCAUCUUUUCUGGCCUGCUGCUUUGUACAAUUACAGAAAACGGAUAUUGCUUUCAACAUUGAGCUAAUUUUGAAAAUGCUACGAAGCCUUUAAUUACAAUCAUUUAAACGUUUAUUAGCGGCAAGUCAUUUUGUAUUUCGGAAAAUAUAGUCCAAGAGGGGAUACACGUCGUCUUUAAGAUUCGUCGCGAGAAGAAUUGCGCUUUAGCGCUCUACGUAGGAAAGCGAUUAAUUAAUUUAUUUAUAUUGCUAGGGAAAACCCGCGUUUAAUGCGAGUUGUUCUAUUUACGAAUUAUUCAUCGGUUGACUCAUUUGUACAUAAUCCUUAUAGCGGUAGCUCUAGUAUAAUUUCAAUCGCGAUUAGUAUCUAGCCACUAGCGAAGUGGCGCUAAGUCGAAAUCGUUUAGAGCGUUAUUCGUUCUGCUCGGCGUUUUGUCCGUGGGAGAACGAAGUUUACGAUAAUCCUUCAAUUAAUAAUUUCGCCAGCGAGUCCAGCGCUCAUGAUUUUUAUAAAUUGUAUAAAUUAUGUCAUUCUUCUGCGAGAAAGUAGACGCUCCGUGCAACGCUUCGAACGUGAGCAAUUGCAAGCACUCUGUGUGUAUAUUAUAUAUUUAAUAUUAUAUUAAUAUGUUAUAUAAAUUUAUAUACAUAUGUAUAUAAUAUUGAUAUAUUAAUAUAUGUAUUAUAUGUGUUAUAAAAUGCAGCUCUGGCCAAAAUUAUAAGGCAUUUCAUUUUUUUUUUUUUUUUAAUUACUUGCAACUGAAAGGAUUUAAACAGAAAUUUAAAUGUAAAUUAUCCUUUAUUUCAAGAAUCUUUACGUAUAAUGCCACUAAUCAAUUUGAAAUAGUAAAAAUAAAGACGUUUAAGAUGAAUGAAAAUGUACCUUGUAAUUUUGACCAAGGUUGUUGUAUAUAAUAUAUAUAUUAUAUAAUAUGCAUGCAUUGCCGAGAGAGACGUAGCGACGAUGAACUUUGCUCACGGUGUACUUUCGAGCUACCCACGUUUUUACGCUCUUAGAAUCAAGUCCGCAGGUACACAUACAUAAUAAUAGCAAUCAUUUUAUAAAUCCUGUUCUUUCAAUAUCGUUUAACGGCGAGAUAUCGAAACGAGACCGCGGGAAGGCAGAGGUGUGCGUCUUCGAAAAAUUUGGAAUUUUUGCGAGCGGCGUAUAACUUGUGUACUUGCGAAUAGAUUUCGAUUUUCUCGAGGCUGAAACGCGACAGCGGCGUUGGGCGUGGCGAACAGUUUCUUUGGGGAAGUCCGUUUACACUUUGAUCUCGACGUAUAAUUUUUACGAUAAAAAGUCGCGAAUUGUGACGGUAUUUAAUAAGAUUCAGCUGCGAAAUGUACGAAUGGCAUUAAUGAGAAUUUUAUUGAAUCGAAAAA